UUCCAAUUCAACUAAUUCAGAAAAUCAAAUAAAAUUUUUUAUAGAAUAAUUCUUUUAAAUAAGAAACUAAAAAUAUCCAAACACAAAAAGUUCCAAAGCUAUAAAAUGAAUUUGCGUCAAAUCUUCUUUGCUCUCUUGAUUGUGCUUAUGGCUACUAUCGUAACAGCCUCUCCUUUGAAUUUAGAUCAAUUAAUUAAAGAAAAGAUGCUCAAAAAGAUGAAGAAAAAGACGGCAAAGUCAAGGCUACAGGCGGCGCCUAGUUUAUUCAUCAUAUUUUGUAUAUUAGAAACUUUUUAUCAAGCAUUAUUCAUUCUCACUUUAAUAUUUAGCAUUAUUUCAAAGCAUGAUAUCAAUAAUUGAUCGCAUUAUUAUAAAUUAUAGAAUAUUUUAUAUAAAAAAAAAAUUUACAUAUAUAGUUAGUCAUAAAUUCCUAAAUUAUUAACCUCAUUCCCCUUCAAUUUCAAUUUUAUUCUUUUCAAUUUCACUUUUUUUUUCAUUCUUUUCUUUUAGAAAUCGUAAGUUUUUGAAAAACUUCGAUAUUGUUUUCUUUAAAAUUUGUACCAAUUUCUUUUUUAAAAGAAUUAAAUAGAAAU